AUGACCCCGGCCCGAGCCCCACCCCAACCGAUAUCCCUCCCAAACCGUCUACCUUUGGCCCGACCUACAGCGAGAACUGGCGGUCCUCGCUGCCCUUACUUUCCGUCUGUGUCCCGACCAGCGCCGGCGUCGGCGGCGCAAGCGAUGGACGCCACCGGCCUCCUGAACCUAUUCGCCGAGUGGAUGACGUCAUUGCGGUGGGCGGAGAUGAAGCAGUACUUUGAGCUGUGGAUAAGGUCGCUGGACUGGAACGGGAAGCCCAAUAGGCCCACCGUUGAACUCUACAAUUACUACCUUAGGGCGAACCUCAUGAUGGGGGCCCCAGCGGGGGACAUGCUCGACCUCGUGGCGAAGAUGGAGGACUUUGUGAUCGUGCCCAAUACGACGUCAUAUAAUCUCGUUCUCAAGGCUAUGCAGUUGGCUAACCAGGCGGAGGCCGCAUUGAAGCUGCUCAAGCGGCUGGAGGUGGCUGGAGGUGGAGCUCGGGCAGAUGACGAGUCUUAUGAUAUGGUAAUCACAAUGCUUUUCCAGCAAAAACAAAGUAUUGUUGCUCUGGAGUGCGUUGACAAGGCUUUGAAGAGUGGAUGUAGCUUGUCAAUGGAAGUGUUUACGCAGUGUGCGAGAGCUUGUCUGGAUGGGCGUAAGCUUGAUAAAUUGGUUGCGAUUAUCGAGAAGUGCAAGACCAUGGACCAGAACAAAGCACUUAGUCCUAGUUGGAACCAGUGCAACUAUAUCUUAGACGCUGCAACUCGAGAGGAUAACAGCAAGUUAGCGUUCCAUGCUCUGGAAUUUCUGGCCCGAUGGAUCGCCAAGGGUGAGGCUGCAAGACCGUUUAUGCAACUUGCCGUAGACGAAUGCUUGGUCGUUUCGGCACUAAGAACUGCAGCGAGGACCUAUACUUCUAAUCUCAUGGAUGCUUCAUGGGCUGUUCUUCGCCGAUCAUUACGCCAUAAAAAUCCAAGCCCACAGUGCUUCAUUGCUAAGAUAAAUGCCCAUGCAGCAUUUGGAAAUUUGGAAAAGGCUGUUGCUGCAUUGCGGGAAUUUGAGUCUGCUUGUGAAGGUUAUGAUGAAGAAGCUCGGGAAGAAAUGUUCUCUCCGUUUACUUCUCUGUAUCCGUUGGCAGUGGCAUGCUCAAGAAAGGGAUUUGAGACAUUGGAUCUGGUGUACCUCCAACUCGAAAAAUUGAGUCGUGCAGAAUGCCCUUACAAGUCUGUAGCUGCACUCAACUGUGUCAUUUUAGGUUGUGCAAAUAUAUGGGACCUCGUCCGUGCCUAUGAAACUUUUGAGGCUAUUCAUUCUUUUGGGUUGAGCCCUGAUGUCCAUUCUUACAACUGUUUGAUGUAUGCGUAUGGAAAGUUGAAGGGGAUCGCUGAAGCUGAUAAGGUACUUAACCACAUGGUUAGCUUGGGGAUCAAGCCCAAUGCAAAGUCUUACUCCCUGCUUGUUGAUGCACAUCUAGUUGUAAGAGAUGCAAAAUCUGCCCUUCAAGUGAUUGACCAAAUGGUAUCAGCCGGAUAUGUUCCAUCAAGAGAGACACUGAAGAAGGUCCGAAGACGUUGUACCCGGGAGAUGGACUAUGAAAGUGAUGUGUUGGUGGAAUCUUUUGCUAAACGCUUCAAUAUCCAAAUGGGCACUGAAGCCUCGAGGGAUUUUCUCUUCACUCUUGAUUACAGCACCAGUUAUGGUUGA